CUAGCAUCAACUCCUAAACUGGCAAUGCUGAUCCUGAAACUGCAGUCUUCUUAUGCUACCGGUUUAACAAAAAGAAAAUUGAGAAGUCUAGAAGGAGUCGAGCGCAAAUUAUCUGCACAGAGGAGUCUCUGUGAUUCCACCUUAUUUUCAUUAGAGCCAUUAGCAACUAAAGAAAAUGAUUCCAUCAUGCACCCCGGCUAAUGGAAUGUUUGUCAUCACCCAAGUGACCCCCCAGAAUAAUACUGACCGCGCUAAUGCUAUUACAAAAGGAAGUAACUUUGACAUGAUGUCACAACAAUUACAAUGGUUUCUCAAAGGUGAACCAAAGGCAUUGGGGGCUGUUCAAAUCAUGAUUGGACUGUUAAGCAUUGCACUUGGGAUAAUCUUGGAAUUUUAUGAUUCAAUUGCUGCAACAGCAGGAAUUGCAUUUUGGCCUAGUAUCAUGUACAUAAUUUCUGGAAGCCUCUCUGUUUUUGCUGCCAAUAAGUUACAUCUUUGUCGUGUUAAGGCAGCCAUAGCCAUAAACAUUAUCAGCACAAUUUUUAGCUCCAUUGGAAUCAUCAUAUACGUCUUUGAUCUGCAAUAUUCUACCUACAAUUUAGAAGAUAUUGAUGGUUAUAAUUAUACUUACAAUUAUGAUUAUAAUUUUAAUUCUGAUGGUUAUCUUGAAAACACAAUCCAGAGCACUGGAGAAGGACUCAAGGUCGUUCUACUGAUUUUUACUGUACUUGAACUCUGGGUGAGUUUAAUUACAGCAAUUGUUGGAUACAAUGCAGCCUGUGGAAACACAGAAACGACUGUAGUUAACACCAGGCAAAAUGAAGAACUUGCAGGCAUUCCUGUGCAGAAUCCACCAUAUAGUACAAUUCUGGAGAAUGUGCCUGUGACAAUGCCUCACAAUCAAGUUACAGUGAUGUCACCUUUUCCACCUCCAUACACUAUGUAAAAGCUCUCCUAUUAAAUAUUAAGUGGCAAUUAAAGCAUG